AUGCCAAAAGACGUGCUCAAUAAAUACUAUCCUCGAAGCAAAUUGUCUCAAUGGAAAUCGCCUGAAUCCCAAAGCCCAUUGGACGAGGAUUUUCGACAGGAAAAGAACAAAAUCAUAUUCCUUGUGGCAGGAUAUGCAAAAUACAGAUGUCCAUAUGUCUGGUUAAGGUCCCAUCAUGAACAACUGAUUCGAGCUCAAACAGGACACAUUGAAGAGGACGACAAUCCCUUACAGUUACAAAAGACGAACGAAUGGAAGACUAGCAAUGUCUCGUUAUGGGAAAUGGUGGCUGAAAUCUUGCUCAUGACAACGAAUCCAAGAAACCCCUUUCAGCUUGAUCAUGACUAUAUUAACAAGCUGCCUGUCGAGGAAUCCAUCUUACUGACAGGUUCGCUACUGGCUUUUCUGGAAAAUGUCUGGAUACAAGCCGACCCAAGUAUCGCAUUCCUGGAUGAUUUGCAUACCGAAAUUCAAGUGUUACAAUCCAAGCAUAUUGAGAACAUGUAUACAUACAAUUUAAAGAAUAAAAACUAA